AUGCAACUGACUGUACACCGCACGGGGCUGCUGUAUUUACUUGUCUUAUCGCUGCUUAGCAUGGCAGGAGCAGCCUCGACACCCUCAUCUGAGGAGCUGCAAAAGCAGCUGGAUUCGGCCGCGCAGACUGUAGAUUUCUCUCAUGUCAGUGGCUCGGAGACCCCCGAUACUGCGGAGAUUCGUGUUCCUCCUAACUCUACAGUUGCAGUUCGCUUGAGCUGCGUUGGCGGCUACAGAGGCUUUCUGCUUUCCGGUCACUCUGGCCUCUUAGCUCUCACAGAUGUUCCCCACAAAUCCCUUACUGCUGAGGAAGCCCGCAAUCUUCUGCAGGAGGAGCCAAGUCUCCCAAGCGGUAUUAAGGCAACGCAGCCUGUACCUUUUGCAGGAUCACAGGGUAGCGGUUUAGGGAUCGUGGGGGCCCCUGUUCCCUUCUUGGGCAUUGUCCACGCAGAAACCCCCGGUGUAUAUACUUUGCUGUACUCCAUUAUGAGGGCAUGGGCCCCCAACAACGGCUCGCGAUAUGCCCUCAAAAUUCAUGUAGAACCCUGA